AAUACGAUAAUCUUUCUUUCCUUUGCACGCAUACCGAACGCCGUACUCAUGUCAAAACGCAAAAAUCAGGCCGAUCAAGAAGAUCCCGACAGUGACUCGGAAGACACUCCGACGUUCAUCGAUGUAGAUUUCGACUUUUUUAACGUCAACCCAACGAUCGACUAUCAUGCAAUCAAGCGCCUCCUCGAUCAGCUCUUUGGCGUAGACGCAGAGGGUCUUAGCACGCAUGCUCUUGCGGACUUGGUGCUUUCACAGGCUGACGUAGGAACCACGAUCAAGACUGAUGGAGAGGAGAGCGAUCCAUAUGCAUUCUUGAGCGUUUUAAAUAUCGGCGUGCACAGCGACAAUGUGUCGAUAAAGUUGCUCGUAGAGUACAUCCUGGCAAAAUCGAAAGCGGACAAUGCCUUUCAUGGAUCACUAUCGACGAUACUGCGUGAUCCGCAGAGUCAAGUAGGACUCGUUCUAUGCGAAAGGCUUAUCAACAUGCCUGUGCCUGUGAUACCACCCAUGUAUCGUAUGCUCGUGGACGAGAUCAAGGACGCAGUUGAAGAGAACGAACCCUUCAAUUUCACCCAUUUGAUUUUCAUAUCACGUGUAUACAAGCUUACUCCCGAUGAGGAGGAAGCGAUGGCUAUCGCCCAACAACAAUCAGCCAAGGGGUCAAAAAGACAAAAAUCCCAAAAUUCAAAUGGGGCUACGAACGAGAGAAGCGCGGAUGGAGUAUAUCCGUUCCACCCGGAGGACGAAGAAAUUCGAAAGUUUGCCUCCCAUCAUCUGAUCUUUCCGUAUUCAAAUGCACAACCGCGUGAUGCGGAGUCGUUUGGGUUAGAUACGGCUGGACAGUUAAUGCUUGUGCCAGCAGCGCGACUCGCGGAGCUGACAAGAGUACUCGGGGAUGUGUUCCAGCCACAUGGGAAUGCGUAGGCCAGCGGAUUGUCGCCAUUUUGUUUUUGCCAUUAUGCCAUCGAUCUUGAAACGUGGUUGGUUGUGAAGACAUUUUGAUCGAUGAGACGGCACCCGUAUCU